AUGGUCACCCGAGAGAAGGCCAGAGACAAAGUCUUGUCUCGACGUGAAGUCGAAGGCAUGAUUGCCGAAGAGAAACUGAUUAUCAUAGUCGAUGGGAAAGUUCUCCGACUAGAUUCCUGGAUCAAAUUUCACCCAGGAGGCGAUAUGGCCAUCAGGCAUAUGAUAGGCAAAGAUGCCACCGACGAAGUGAAUGCUCUACACUCACAGGAAACUCGUCAACGCAUGAACAAAUUCCAAAUUGGCCGCAUCGAAGGAAGAUGGACCAAUUUCUCUCCUCCAAUUCAAGGCGGACAUUUCCGCCCCUACAGCGAAACAGACGCCAACGAAACAGAUUAUUCCCUCAACUCCGAUGUCUCAAGUGAAGAGAGCUCUGCCCCCCCAUCUCCAAUCUUCGAAGCAGCAGAUUACUCCUUCGGUCUGACCCGCAGGCUAUCAGUCUCAACCAUCUCCUCGGCCAUCAGCGCAAUCCCACCUCCAGCAAAGGAAGACCAAGCACGAAGCUACGUGAUGGACGCCAGAACACAGAAAGAAAUCGACCUUGAUCUAAGUAAAUACCCAGCCUUAGACGCAAAGCACCAAGAAAACAUCACCCAGAAAUACCGGCAACUAAACGAGCGCAUUCGCGCCGCCGGCCUCUACAACUGCAACUAUGCAGCCUACGCAAUCGAAAUCACCCGCUACACCAUAUUCUUCAGUCUAUUCCUCUUCUUCCUAUUCAAAUCCUGGUUUUGCCUCUCAGCCUUCUUCCUCGGCUGUUUCUGGCACCAGCUUGUAUUUUCCGCCCAUGAUGCCGGUCACAUGGGCAUAACACACAACUACCAAGUCGACACGGUAAUCGGAAUGAUCAUUGCCGACUUCCUAGGCGGCUUGAGUCUGGGCUGGUGGAAGCGAAGCCAUAACGUGCACCACAUCGUGACGAAUGCGCCAGAGCACGACCCCGAUAUCGAGCUCAUGCCCUUCUUCGCGCUUUCGCAUCGCUUCUUUGGCUCCCUGCGCAGUACUUACUACGACCGCAUUAUGGAGUUUGAUGCCGUUGCCAAGAUCACCGUCAAAUACCAGCAUUACAUGUACUACCCGAUUCUCCUCUUUGGUCGCUUCAACCUCUACUUCCUGAGCUGGGAACACAUCAUCUGCGGUCUAGGCCCGAAGCACGGUGCUGGGUGGUGGCAUCGCUGGUUCGAACUGGCCGGCCAGCUGUUUUUCUGGAGUUGGUUUGGGUACGGCAUUGUCUGGUGCAGUAUUCCUACUUGGUGGAGUCGGGUUGUGUUUGUGCUUAUUUCGCACAUGGUGACUGCGCCGUUGCAUGUGCAGAUCACGCUUUCACAUUAUGCUAUGUCGACGGCGGACUUGGGUCCGCUUGAGUCUUUCCCGCAGAAGAUGCUCAGGACGACUAUGGAUGUCGAUUGUCCUACUUGGUUGGAUUGGUUCCAUGGUGGGUUGCAGUUCCAGGCCAUCCAUCACUUGUAUCCUAGGAUUCCUAGGCAUAAUUUGCGCAGGACUCAGGAGUUUGUGAAGGAGUUUUGUGCUGAGGUCGAGAUUCCUUAUGCUGUUUUCACUUUCUAUGACGGUAACAAGGAGGUUAUUGGUCGUUUGGGGGAUGUUGCUAAGCAGGCUAGGAUGCUGGAGGAGUGUCGCAAGGCUGCUGCAGAACAUGGUGUUUUUGCUGAUCACCAUCAUUCGCAUUGA